GUUGUUCUCUAUAUACUAUUAAUACAACAAGUUCAUAAAUUAUUCUGUAUCAAUAUUUCCAGAAGCUAUUGAAUUACGUACUCAAAAAAUUAACUAAUAAAAGUAGUAUAAUUAUCUAUGGUUUUGUCUUUAGUUCUAUGAUUAUACAUUAAUAUGGAAAAAAUGAAAAUAACCCUAAAAUACUAGACAUGAAAUAAAUUCAUGGUAACUUUAAAUAUAAGUUAUUUGUAAGGCAAUUUAUGAGUUUUAUAUGAAUAUGUUUCAAUUCUCAUGAAAACAAACCUUAUUUUUUUGUUUAAUUUUCAUUUAAAAGUACUAGUUUAAAAUAAAAUGAGAAAUAUAGGAGUAUUUUUAAUAUUCCUAAGUAUACGGAUAUUUUCUAUAUAUUUCGUUCAAACAUUUUAUGUCCCAGAUGAAUAUUGGCAAACUUUGGAAGUAGCACACAAAUUAGUGUAUCACUAUGGAUAUCUAACUUGGGAAUGGACUCAAGGCAUUCGGAAUUAUCUACCACCUUUGAUUAUAGCUUUUUUCUACAAACUUUUGUAUUGGAUUAAACUAGACACUACUGAGACUUUAGUGUAUGGUCCUCGAGUAAUACAAGCAAUUUUAAGUUCUUAUUCUGACUUGUGUUUUUAUAAGUGGUCUGGGACAAGAAAGUGGGCUAUUUUCUCCAUAGGAACUUCAUGGUUCUGGUUUUAUACAGGUUCUAGGACACUUAUAAAUACCCUAGAAUGCUCUUUAACAACAAUAGGUCUUUCUAAAUUUCCUUGGCCAGGAAAAAGAAUAGAAGAAUCUUCGCUAUUUAUUUGGAUUGCAGCUAUAGUAUUCUUUAUCAGACCAACUAGUGGAAUAAUUUGGCUUCCAAUUGGAUUAUAUCACUUGAAAAUAACAAAACAUACUUUAUUUCAUGUAGUAAUUACCCAAUAUAUACCCAUAGGGAUUGUUACUUUGAUAUUGACAGUAUUGUUGGAUAGUGGAUGUCAUGGGUCUCUUCUUAUUACUCCCUACAAAUUUAUACAAUUUAAUGUAUUUCAAAAUUUGAGCUCAUUCUAUGGAGUACAACCUUGGCAUUGGUACUUAUCAUCCGGUAUUCCAAGUGUACUGGGUAUAUUCCUAUUACCAUUUCUAUUAGCUACUGUAAUUGUUUUAAAAAAUAUACGUAUACACCCUAUUGAAGUAGUUUUGCUCAGUACAAUUGCGUUUACUGUGUUUGUUUAUAGCUUAUUACCACACAAGGAAUUUCGAUUCAUUUUACCAUUAUUUCCUAUGAUAUUUUAUAUGACAUCAAGAUUUUUAUCUGCUUGGAGUAGAAAAUCUACAAACUUUUCAGUCUGGUUGGUAGCUAUAGUAAUAUUUAUUGGAAACUUGGUACCUGCGUGGUACUUUGGAAUGGUUCACCAGCGGGGUACACUUGAUGUUAUGAAUCCUUUAAGAGAAAUAUCUGAAAAAAAUCCAGAUGACACUCAUCUAUUGUUUUUAAUGCCUUGCCAUUCAACUCCUCUUUACAGUCAUCUUCAUAUUAACGUGACCACACGUUUUUUAACAUGUCUUCCUAAUCUAAAUAAUCAAGAAAAUUACACUGAUGAAGCUGACUUAUUUUACUUAGAUCCAAAUGGGUGGUUUAGGAAUAAUUAUCCUCAAAAUGGUACAUUACCUACUCAUAUCAUCAGUUUCGAUAUUUUACAACCUUUUAUAACAGAUAUUUUAAACAACUAUAAACUUACCCAUGAAAUUUGGCACACGAAUAUACCAUUAUCAUCCAGGAUUGGAAAGUAUGUACUUAUUCAUCGAAGAAUUGAUUUAUGAUAAUAAAUCAUUUUAAAAACGGAAGUAUUUACAAGUAAAUCAUGCAACGACGGCAGGGAAUAAAUAAGUGGCGCUGGAUUAUAGUAAUGAGACCGCUAACGUGCUAGUGGAAGUGUAUGCCGGAAUGUUUAAUAAAGAUUGUGUUAUUGA